AUGGGUUACGGUAGUGUGUUGUUGCUGUUGGAAAAUCUUGAGCGGAUGCUGAAUGAAGUGAAAUUUUUAGAGGGAACGGUGGAGGAGUUCAAGUCGGAAUUGUUGCAAACCAAAGGGUUGCUGAAAUAUGCUAAAGUGGGUGACGAAAGGAUUAUUGAAAUUGUGGAUGAAUUCCGAAAAAUCCUUGUUGAAACUGAAGAUGUAAUCGAUACUUAUGCUGUUGAUGUCGGAGGAUCAUCAGGUAUCUUAAAAUGCGUAAAUUGUAUCUCUGCUGUCUAUGGCCGCCGGAAGUUGGAGUCCCAGCUGGUCUUUAUCAUGGAGCAGAUCCAUUACCUCAAUGGAAAGUUGGCAAGUUGCUGCAGUGUUAAGAAGGCCCUGAUCCCAGUAGAGAGCAAUCAUCUGCAUAAUACUGAUUCCAAUUGCAGUGAUUACCGUUUUGCUUAUCCGUUUAACAAGGAUGUUCUUGUUGGCUUGGAAGAAAAGAAAAGGACGCUGCAAUCCCUUUUCCAGUAUGGAUUUAAGGAAUCCCCAGUUAUCGCUAUUUGCGGUAUGGGUGGGAUCGGCAAAACAACUCUUGCACGGGCGAUCUUCGAUGAGCUAUUAUUUUAUGGCCAAAGAUUUGAUGCUUUCGCUUACAUUGUUCUGCCCCAUGAUUUCCAAAUCGAUAUGGAUUUCCUCUUGCGGGAUAUCCUUACACAGCUUAACCGCUCCAGGAAAAAACAAGUGUUAGUGUGCAAAGGUCGGAUAGAGUUAGCCCAUAAACUUUACGAGUCUCUAGAGUCAAAUAAAUGCUUCCUUGUUCUGGACGAUAUGUGGUCAAUGGAUGCUUGGGUUAACCUUAGUGCAUAUUUACCAACUGCCAAAUCGGCUAGUAGAAUACUGGUCACCACUCGUAAUGGAGAUGUGGCAAAGAGCAUUGCUGAGAAGGGGCUCUCUUUUGAUAUGAAGAGAUUAUCUGCGGAUGAAUCCAACCAAGUUCUGGAAGAAAUCGCCAAGGCUGUGGUCAGCAAGUGCUUUGGCUUACCAUUAGCAGUUGUCUGUGCUGGUAGCGUCUUGGCCAGGGAGCACUCCGUUGCUCAUUGGAAGUCUGUGCUUCAUGAUUUUGACUCAUAUCUAUACCUCGAGAAAGAUACCUUAGUAUUUUCCAAGAUACCAAAGACCUUGCUCUUGACCUACGAUUACUUGCCCUACCAUUUGCAGAGUUGCUUUCUUUAUUUGGGCCUAUUCCCAAAAGGAGUAGACAUAGAAGCAGAAAAGUUAUUCAAUCUCUGGGUAGCUGAGGGCUUUGUAGCAUCAGAAAAUGGAGAAAGUGAAACAACAUUGAUUGACAGAGCAGAGCAUUAUCUGUAUCAAUUGGUAGCCAGAAACUUGAUUUGCAUGCAAGAAGAGGAGGGCAUGGAGAGAGUAGUUCGAAAUGUUAAAUCUUGCCCAAUUAAUGACCUGCUGCGGGAGCACUGCUUAUUGAAGGGAAAGGAAGAGAACAUUUUUGAAGUGCUUCAUCUAGCAUAUGGACAGCGAAAGGAUUGUUAUGGUACAACAAGAAGACUUUCCGUGUUCCUUGACGAGUGUGAAGCUGGAAAUGAUGUUUGCUUGCAGCAGAAAGUAUCCAGUAAAGUUCGAUCUCUCUUAUUUUUGAAUCCUUACCCAAAUCGACAUGCUUUAUCGUGGCCUCAAUCCUUUAGUCUCAAGAAUUUCAGAUUGCUUAGAGUUUUGGACUUCGAGGAUAUUAGAUUUCAGGGGAAAGGGCUUCCUGAAGGAAUUGAAAAACUUGCUAAUCUGAAAUACCUAGGUCUAAGAAACUGUUAUGUGAAGGAGUUGCCAUCAUUUAUUGGCGAACUGUCAAACUUGCGGACUCUUGAUUUACGGGUAAAUGAUGUGAUGACCAUACCUAAUGUCUUGUGGAAGCUGAAAAAACUGAGGCAUAUGUACCUUCCAUAUUCUUUUCAAGUCUGCGGAGUUGAUAAAUUGCGAUUGGAGAGUAGGUUACUGGAGACUCUGAAGAAUUAUCGUUCGUAUAAUUAUGAUGCCAAAGAUCUCUUCAACCUGCACAAUCUUUGCAAUCUUCGCUGCCUGGGAGCAUCAGUUACAGAGAUGCGACUUCAUAUUAUUGUGAUGCCAAAGAUCUCCUCAAACUUCACAAUCUUCGCUACCUGGGAGCAUCAGUUACAGAGAGGCAAGGGUGGCUCUAGGGCAAGGCAGGUGAAGCCCUUGCCGUAA